GCCCAGGGAUGCCACAGACUGAGAGUGAGAGGUUGAAGAGUGGGCGGCUGAACAGUGGGAGACAGCAGCAGCAGCAGCGAGAUCGGCAGGGUGAACAGGCAGAGGAGCCAGACACACGCACCAAGCCAAAUGAUUCUGUCUCACCUCGGCUCUAUGCUCGUACCUCUGUUACUCAGGUACUGGUUGAACUGUUACUGUGGUUUCAAUCAACAUGUGAUUUACAAACAAAAGGGAAUAACACAUAAUGGGAAGAAGACUCAAAUAAAUAUCAAUGGAAAGUUAAGAGCUCAAGCUAAAGUGUAAAUCAAGACAGUUCCAUACAGUUGUCUUUUUUUAAAUGUUUUUUUUUUGUCUAUUAUAUUUUGUAUAAUAAUACUAAUUUAAAGACAAGUUCCCAGGAGGCAAUAUCUAUAUUUUCAUUAUAUGGAGUUUUUCCUAAUAGUGAGCUAGAUGAAUGAUAUAAAUAAAUGUCCAUUAUUUAUAGAUGGGCUUCCCAUUGAUGAUUAGACCUGGAGGUCCACUUAUGGCCUCAUCUCAGCUCCAAAGCAUACUGUUACAGCAGGUAUGAUAUUAUCCUCUUCUUAUACCUCCUAUAAUAACAUGUUUCAAGGCCCUAUUUUGACCUGAGAUUCAUGUAACCCAUACACUUAUAUUAGCAAAAAAAGUUGCUUGUGUUUGCUCAGACCACUCCCUGCUGGUAAAAGGGGGGUACUGUAAGUGUGAGAGUGUUUUUACGUGUCCUUCCCAGUGUUCCAGUGAGGAGGAGGGGAGACCGUUCCUGCAGCGGGUGUCUUGGUGCCCCCAGUUGAGCCAGCACAGACCCUCUGUUCUACGCCAGGGUGUCCAGGCUGCCCACGUGCGACCACAGGGUACGUUCUUCUCUGACUGACCCUCUGCAGCAGCACCCUUACAGUACAUAUACAACUGAACUAUCAUGUCUUAGGAGAAGAUAGAAUAAAACAGCUCUUUAUGGAGAAAGACCUACAAACACUGUCCAUGACCCUGCUGUGUAAUAAUGUAUAAUGGAUGUAUAGAAUCCAAAACCAACCCCAUAGUUCACUUCUCUCCGCUCUGACUGACCCACUGCAGCAUCCUUACAACCGAACCAUUAUAGCUUUUCAUUGUCCAAACAUUUACAUUUUUUCCCCCUGCAAAAAACCCUUCCCCUCACCAAAAUAGAUAAUGCGGGUGUAGGGUCACACUUUUAAAUGGAAACAAUGGUGGCUUAAAAAAAAUGGUGUCAUUACAUAUGUUGUAUACAAUUCUAGACAGCCAUUAUGCUUGAUUCAUAUAGGAGGUUCAUGGAAAGUGUUUAUAGGUCUUUUUCUCUACCUUUCUUCUCCAGCACCGUGCACUCUAACAGAGGCCAGUUCAGCUCAACCCAUAUCACUGUGCAAGGUGGAGGUGGACACAGGGAGCCGUGGACAGUCCUCACCCCCACACACUGAGCACUCUCCUGGGCCCACUCGCCACCCCUCUCCCCUGAGGAGAGCCAGUCCUAAGCAGAGCUCCAUAAUCACCAGGCAUCAUGAGUGAGUUCCAUGUGUGUGUCACAGGAGGUUGGUGGCACUUUAAUUGGGGAGGAUGGGCUUGUGGUAAUGGCUGGAGUGGAAUGAGUGGAUGGUAUAAACUGCAUCAAACACAUGGGUUCCAUUCACUCCUUUCCAGACAUUAUUAGGAGCCGUCCUCCCGUCAGCAGCCUCCACUGGUGUGUGUAAACAGACACUGCAUAAACAAUGCCAGGCUGGUUUGAUUGAUUGCAUUCAUAUUUUAGUCAUUUAGCAGACACUCUUAUCCAGAGCAACUCACAGUUAGUGAGUGCAUACAUUUUGUAUACAUUUUUUCAUACUGGCCCCCCGUGGGAAUCGAACCCACAACCCUGGCGUUGCAAGUGCCAUGCUCUACCAACUGAGCUACACGGGGCAUUCAGUCCUGAGUUUGUAAUGUUCCUCCCAUCUGCAGGCCAGGUCACCCAACCCUACGGAGCUCCAGUGCUCUGUUUCUCAACGGACUCUGCUGCUGGCCAGGCUGCGAUGCGGUAUUUGAAGAAUUUCCCAGUUUUUUUAAGUGAGUCAUGAGCACCAGUAUAUUUCAUUGGUCAUUGUGAUGAAAUUGUGGUGCUGUUCUUUAUAGUCGUGACUUUGAUUACCUUUUAUGGUAUCUCCAGGCACCUCCACUCUGACCAUGGCCAUGGAGACAGAAGCAUUGCACAGUGUAGGGUACAACAAGACAUGGUGCAAUACAUGGAGACCCAGGUUUGUUCCUGUAGUUCUACAUACACUAUAAUAGACAGUUUUACAGAAAAGCUCCAAAUAGUGAACACUGACAACAGAGGAAGGUUGUAAAGCUCGAAGUCCAACUAAGUGAAAAUGUGGCCCCUAAUAAACCUUGAUUCAUCUUCCUUAUUUUUUAGCUGACUCUGGAAAAACAGAAGCUCUUUGCAAUGCAACUCCAUCUGCACCUAUCUGAACACAAAUCAACUGACAUGGUAACUCCUCAAGGCUUCCCUAUUUUGGCUAAUGCCCUCAAGUGACUAUAGUAACCGGCCAUGCCAUUGCCCAUUAUCCUGCCCUUUUUAAGAAAUGUUCAAUGUACCCCAACCUGACCAUAUUGAAUGUCUGUGUUGUUGGGUGUCUCUCCCUGUCAGAAGGCAGGUUCAGACUGGCCCUACAGCCACAGCCUGGCACUAGUCCUGCCCCAGAACCCAUCCCUGGCCCGGGCACCAGAUGGUAUGCCACGAUGCGCCACUAAAGAGCCAGAGGAGCAGGCGCAGCAUGAGUAUUGGCCCACUGCCGCUCCCAACCACCUACUCCCAGGUAACACCAUUUCACGCUCAUCUUCAACACAGAGUAACAUUCACAUAGCGUGACUGCUGAUUUACUUGUCUUAAGCUAGAGAGAGUUCCACUCCAUUUUGAUCCUGAAUGCCACUCUGACUGCAUUCCUCCAAGUGUUUUGCUUGUUUGUUUUUGUGAUGUUGCCUUUCGCAUUGCCAUGAAAUCUGAUCCAAACUCAAGACCCAGCAUGUUUGCUUUCAUUGGCCACCCCACAGAUCUUGUCCCGAGUGUUGAGUGUUACAAAUACAACAACAUCAGGCCUCCGUACACCUACGCCUGCCUGAUAAGAUGGGUGAGUUGUCUGAAUCAGAUAGUAGAGUCCCUCUGAACACUCAGGUAAAGGCGCACUUGAGUAAAGGAAAAUCUAGACUGUCGAGGGUCUGGCUGAGCAGCUGAGCAACUCAUACAGUUUGCUCUGUAGUUCAUGCAUCUUUGUUGAACUGAAAGACAGCAACAUUCUACCUUUUCAUCUACACAAGUGGGACAUUAAUAUCGAAUCCAUUGUAUUGGACUACAUGAGUAGCAAGACUUAUAUCUAUGUCUAGACUUCAUGUGAGCUGUUUCAAUUGCACAAGCCUAUUGUAAAUGUCCACCAUGUCUGUCUGCAGUCUAUACUGGAGUCUCCAGACAAGCAGCGCUCUCUGAAUGACAUCUACAACUGGUUCACCACCAUGUUCUUCUACUUCCGACACAACACGGCCACAUGGAAGGUUUGGCUUCUCCUUGGAUCAAACUUACAUUUGAGUCUUCCAUUUGAGUUUUGAGGAAUAUUGGCUCCUGAGAUCCUAACACAAGCUGUAUUCCUUUGCCACCACAGAACGCUGUCCGUCAUAAUCUUAGCUUGCACAAGUGUUUUGUGCGAGUGGAGGGAGGCAAGGGGGCCGUCUGGACAGUGGAUGAAAUGGAAUAUCAAAUGAGAAAGGGACAAAAAUACCACAGG